UCUCUUCCGUGGAUUAGUCCUGAUCUUCAGUGAUACUGAUAAACUGAUAUUUGCACAUAUUUUGCCCACUUUUCUAAUACCAUUUGAGAGUCUAUUCUCGUGUUUUAACCCGAUUUCACGCUACGUUGUGCUUUUAUAUCUUAUUUCAAGACCUUGAGUGGAAUGGGAGGCUUGGGAGUGAGUUUCGGGUCGAAAAGUGGAUAGCUAACGCACGGAGGAGCGGGAAGGCAAAAUAUCCUGUCAGGUCACUCAACUAUCCGACCGGGUAUAUGCGGUUGGAGGCCAAUAUUUCCCCACAGGCCAACAGGCGGCCCCACCGGUCAGGAACCAUAUAUACCCGACCGGGUAUUUUACCUAGAGGUUGAGUAUUUCUCUUGUGAUGAGAAGGCCGAAGCACACCAUUUCAGAUAAUACGCGGUCGAACUCAGGAAUACCCGACCUGGUACGCCCAAGUCGGGGUGUUACAAGCAGAGUGCGGGUUUUGGUCUCUCAUCUGAGUUUUAGAGCAGAAAACAAUGAGUUAGAGAGGGAAAGUGACGAACUCAUCCUCCAAGGUGACCUAGAUCGAGUUUUGACACCAUUGGAGCUUGAUUAAAGCAUGGAGACGUACCGAUUGACAACCAGAAGCUGAAUUCCAUCCUCUACAAGAUUAUUUCUGCAUUUGAUUCUGAUUUCCUCUCUCUCUCUCUCUCUCUGUCUCCAUAUAUAUAUAUAUAGUUUAAACUCCCUCUCUCGCUUGGGAAGGAAGAACCCUAGAGCUGUAUGUUACGUUUGAUUGUAUGAAGCCAAGUACAUGACAUUUUGAUAUUGAUUAUAUUCAAUUGAGACAUAAUUUCAGAAUUGCAUGAGUCUUGAUCACAUUCUUGGUACAUUAUAAUUCGGCUUAACUGUAAUCUAGGGGGAACCAUAUCCGGGUGACCACUCUCGAACUUGAAUCAGAACUUUGCUGCUUUGUGUUUUCUUAGAUUAGAUACAACUUCACUACGUUCAAGCUGCAGAAUAACAAGAACUUCCUGGAGUAGUCAUCGCAUCUAGGACCCGGGUUGACAAUUAAAGCUAAACGCGCUAUACUAUGCAUUAGUUGUGGUUACACUUGGCCACUUUCUAGUGUGAUGGUAUUGGCGAGUCAGAUACUACGUUAAAUAUUGUGUGUUCACUUUGAUUUGGUUCUUAGUUUCUAAAAUGGUACCAGAGCCUCCGCCCUAAGGGUUUGUGUUCUCGAUAGUUAGGUGGCGACAGCUCGUGUGGGCUAGUUUGUUUGUCAGCUCGAUUCUUCGUUCCUUUCAUGGGUUGUGCAGUUUUUCAAUUUUUUUGUGGUUAUCUGUCGUCGUAAGGGGUUUGUCGAUUGGAGGUGGCACUUGUUGGUUCUUCUAGGUUUUCUCUGUUCUUGGGGCCGAUUUUUUUCUUGUGCGCCUAAGGGUUCUUUAACUUGGUUUUCUUGGCGCCAGUUUUGUUCGUGUUCGUCUACGGAUUAUGGAUUUUUUGAAGAUGGAUGUUGUGACGAUUAAGUUUGAUGGUAGGAACUUUGAAAUUUAGGAGUUCCAAUUUCGAAAUUUUGCUACUGGGUGGCGCUACUUUAUGUUUUGAUGGGCGAGACUAAGGUCCCGCAGGCUGGCGCACCGGCCAAGGAUGUUGAGGACUGGGUCGCUUCUAAUGCUCAACUCGUGAUGGGUAUCUUGGCCUUUGUUGAUAUACCUAUGGCGCUCUCCCUUCGUCGCUUUGGUAGUGCUCAUGAGAUGUGGAAUUAUCUCCACACUACAUAUUCUCAAAACACUGCCUCUCGUCAGUUUGAUUUGGAGGGCGAGAUUUCUUGCCUAGCUUAGGGUGAUCGCUAUGUUCAGAGCUACUAUUAGGCGUCGCUUCACCUAUGGAUGGAGUAUGAUCUCCUCACAACCUCCCUCAUUUAUAUUGCUGCCUUAGGGGAUUUUCUUGUUGAGCCCACGCGUACUCGUGUUCUCUAGUUUCUGGCCAAGCUUCCCUUUGUCUCGUGUUCACACGCGUACUCAUGUUCUCCAUUUUGUGAGCCCUUCUGGGCAUCUUUGAUUCAUCGUCACAUUACUCACAUUAAUGAUGUUGUGGUUGAACUCAGGCGGGAGGAGACUCAUCAGAAGAGUUAGUCCCAAAUUGAUGGUACUCAUUCCCUUGGAGAGACUGCCUUAGUUGUAGGUCAGCCUGCUGCGGCAUCCCGUCCUCAUUUUGCUUCCUCGACUCCUAGUGGGGUAAGUUGCCACUUCUGCUAUGAACCUGGCCAUGUGGUUAUUUAUUGUCUGCAAGAAUUAUUUUUGCAAUUAUUGUAAACGCUCUGUUACAAUGUUUCCCAGUGCCCUACUCUAAGCCGAAGAGGUAAGUUGCGUCGUGCUCCCACUGGCGGUUCAUCAUCCCAGAAUGUUGUUGGCUACCCGCUUACUUUGGGUGGCUGGGAGGGAUCCUAAUCUUCGACCUCUCAUAUCACUCCCGAUCAGGUUCGCCACAUGGUUCAAGACGCUCUUAGUGAGGCACUCUCAUUCGCCUUUACGACUGGCCCCCUGCUGGUAAGUCCCUUCGAUGGUUAGUUGACUCUGCAGCGUUUAAUCACAUGUCUUCUCACCAUCCUAUCAUUAAGAACUUGGAUCCUGUUUCACCUAUGCGUCUUCAAGUGGCUAAUGGAGCCACGAUACUAGUACAUGGUUUAGGUUUAGCUUGCACUACCUCGGUCUCCCUUCCCAACACUCUCUGUCUUCCUUAGUUACUUUCGAACUUAGUUUUUGUGGGUCCACUGACGGAUGAUGGUUUUACUGUUCUAUUUGAUUCGGUUGGUUGUGUCGUGCAGGAUCAGGUGACGGGGAGGGUGAUCGGGAAGGAAAGUAAGGUCAGUUGUACCUUUGUGCUUUAUGAGCUCCGCGGGAAGGACAUAACGGGUGCAUGCAUGGCACUGGGAGCAACCUUGGGACAUCGAGAUCAGGUGGUUCAGGGUUCUCAUCAAGUAGAUGUGGGACAUGGGCAACCGAGAGAAGGAAAUAAUGAGAUAAUUAGUGGUUUGCGUACUGUUACUGGCCCGGAUAUUUUAGAUGGGAAUUCUUUAUCUUUGUGGAAUUUGUGGCAUAAUCGUUUGGGUCAUCCUCAUUUGGGUGGAUUGAAGGGUAUGUUUAAGUAUAAUUUGUUACCUAAUAAAUAGGAUUUAUUGAA